AUGUCGAUGACCCUUUUUGGCUAUAUGCUGACCUCCUCCUUUAGGUUUGAGGAAAUGGAAGUAGGGCUGCUGGGUGAGUGUCACAUCUGCCAGAGGGUCAUUGCUAUUGUAUUAUCAGAAGGUGAGCUGCCUGAGUUGAAGGUGUCAGAGCCACAUCAAACUGUGGUCACAAAUGUGCCCCCCGAAGAUCAGGAUGGCUCUGGGGAUGACUCUGACAACUUCUCUGGCUCAGGUGCAGGUGCUUUGCAUGAUAUCACCUUGUCUCUUCGGACCCCCUCUACCUGGAACGACAUGUGGCUCCUGACGACCACACCGACUGCUCCGGAGCCCACCGGCACAGAGACCAUUGCUGCCUCUGUCUUGUCUGCUGUAGAGCAGCCCGAGGAGGGAGGUUUGGUGCGCCUGAUGGAGGAGGAGACCUCCCACCCACCCAGUGAGACCACAAAGCACCCAACCACCCACCAGGUCUCAACAGCAAGAGCCAGCACGGCCCAGGCACCCACCACCACUGAUGUCCCCAGGGACAGACAGCCCGGCCACCAUGAGACCUCAGCUCCCAUAGAACACGACCACUUCCACCCUCAUGCUCCCAGCUUGGAGGAAGGGGGCCCUUCUGCCACCGAGAGAGCUGUUGAGGAUGGAGCCUCCAAUCUGCUCCCAGCAGGAGAGGGUUCUGGGGAGCCGGACUUCGUAUUUGAACAAUUGGAGGACAACACAGCUGUGGCUGCCGUGGUGCCGGACGUUCGGAAUCAGCCCCCAGUAGACCAGGGGGCCACUGGGGCCUCACAGGGCCUCCUGGACAGGAAAGAAGUUUUGGGAGGGGUCAUUGCCGGAGGCCUUGUGGGUCUCAUCUUUGCUGUGUGCCUGGUGGGUUUCAUGCUGUACCGGAUGAAGAAGAAAGAUGAGGGUAGCUACUCCUUGGAGGAGCCAAAACAAGCCAACGGUGGGGCCUACCAGAAGCCCACUAAGCAGGAGGAGUUCUAUGCCUGA